AUGCGUCUCAGUCUGUUGAUCCUCUUCAGCUUUGCAGUGCUCCAAGUGGAGUCCAAUCAUACAGAGCUCAACCAUGUGCUGGAUAGGGUAUUCUCUCGGAAGAAGCGCUUCGUACUAUUCCCACCUGGUUCUAAUCUAAAGUUCACUGGACAGCUGAGUAAGGGCCUGAUUUCGGCCUAUCCGAGAGGUGUAUCCAUGAACAUAGAACAAGCCUGCUAUUAUCCUGUACCCUCGAAGCGUGAGGAUGUCUACCCGAAGCGAUAUCGUCAAAGGACCACUACUACAGAGAAACCAAAAACCACAACGGAACCCACCUAUGUCUGGAUACCGGGCACCAACUGGCGCUUUAAGGCCACUCCAUUGAAGAAACCCAAUCCUAUGAGGCUGCACCAUCGCAUCGAUGUGAGGCCUCCAAAGCCAUCAUCUUAUGCUGAUCCCGCUAAGUGGGCUCAGUGGUCGAAAUAUGGCGAUCGAUAUCAGGAAAAAUGGUCACCCGCUAAAUACAACUAUAAGAAGUACAAUCAACCUGGCAGAUGGAGUAAAUGGACAACGGAGUCACCCAAGUGGUCAAAGCGCUGGUACAGAUCAGCCGAUGGAGAGUACUUCGAUCCCGAGGUGGAGCCUUACGAGGAUGUGAGGUCUGUUUCGGGGCAGUAUGAUGAUCCUUAUGAUCCCGAUAUGGCAUCUCAUCAGCCAGCACACUAUCCAGAACUGGAACAUGUGGACAAUUGGAAGCAUUAUAAUGGACACCGAGAUCGCAGGCAAUUGUUUGAGCAUUUUGAUGGCUUUAGCAAGCUUCUGGGAAUUGAUGUCAAGGCCUGUGUCCUGAGAGCCAUUUGUGAUAGCAAACGUUUGCUCCUACCUAGAGGAUAUUCCAUGAUUCAGGAUAUUGUGCGAUUGGUUUUCACACUUCCCACCUUAUCCGGCGUGGAGGAUGACUACUCCCGGAUCAUGCAAAUGGAUGCGGAUGAUUGCGACCGACAGUUUCGGGACUCUUGCAAGCUCAAUCUUCUGGCCUGGCUUAUUGGCGGGGGUAAAUGGAAUUAA